AGUUUUUAUGUUUUCUUUACAAAAAUCAAUCGUCUCUGCAAUUUUAUGAUCGAGAAUAAUCAAUAAUCACGUAUAAAUGUGCUACCGACUUAAGUAAGAAUAUUCUUCACAAUGGAAUUUUACGCCUCCAUAUGUCGAUUGUGUGAAUCUCCGGAUCAAACUGGGAAUAGCUGGGUCGAGCUGUUUUCCGGCAAGAACGAGCAUCUACUGGCAAAGAUACGAGCGUGUGCCAAUAUUGCGAUCUCCUUCAACGAUGGACUGCCGCAGCGCAUUUGUGGACGCUGUAAUCUGAACCUGGAACAUGCAUACAACUUCAAGAUGCGGUGCGAGAUAACGGAUACCAAGCUUCGGCGCGAAAUGGAGUUUUUAAUCAAAAACGACGAAAAGCACCAUUCGCCAUUCGACUGCAGUCGGUUCCUGUUGGCACAGGAAGGAACAAAGCAGGAUGUGAUCAUGGCGGCCGAGAAGGUCUACGUGAAAGCAGAGCCAUUGGAAGACGAGGAUUUUUGUUCGGCGAAGGUGGAAACUCAGCUGAAGGUUGGGGUGGAUUGGGAUCCAAAUGAACACAAAGACGAGCUCAGUGAUUCAGAGGAAUCUGAUAGCGAGAAUGACUUCGGUGCAGUGGAAAAGGAGAAGUCGUCUGAGAAGCCAAAGCCGGACGUGUUGGAUAAAAAGAAGGGUAACAUUUGCGACAUCUGCGGGGAUCAGUUCGAUAAGAGUUCGGCCUUGAGUGAUCAUAGAAAAGCUAAGCAUCCUAAGCAGCAGUACCAGUGCAAGCAGUGCUCUAAGCAUUUUACGAGGAAAUCGUAUUUGGAAGAGCACGAAGUACAACACACCGGCAUUCGUCCUUAUGAAUGCCCCCAGUGUGACAAGAAAUAUUUCACGCCAUCAGGAUUGAGAAGCCACAUGCAGGAUCACGGCGAUAAUUUACCGUACGUUUGCGAUAAGUGUGGCAAGGGUUUUUCCACGGAAAGUAAGCUACGCGUCCACUAUGCCAUCCAUAUCGAAACGAGGGACUUUAUCUGCGACUUGUGCAACAAGGGUUUCAAGACGCUGGGUGUCUUAAAUUCGCACAAGACCACUCACUUGCCGCGGGGCCAACAGAGAAAGCGGACACCAAGGAAGAAAAAAGAUUACGUAUGCCAAUACUGCGGAAAGGUUUCCACACAUCCUGGGGUUCAUAAUAUGCACAUGAGAACACAUACGGGUGAACAACGUUUCGAAUGUCACAUCUGCUUUAAACGUUUUACUUCGUACGGUUCGCACCGGAAGCAUCUGCUGGUCCACACCGGGGAGAAACCGUACGUGUGCCAGUACUGCCAGAAAGCUUUCCGCCAGAAGCACCACAUGGACACGCACAUCCGGGGAGUCCACACGAAGGAAAAACCCUACAAGUGCAAAUUCUGCCCGCGAGCAUUUGCCACCCUAGGAAAUAUGAGGGAACACGAAAAGAGUCACGGAGAAUCCGGCAGGAAGCAUGAAGUGCUACCUCCGACGGUGAAUCCAGGUGUAGUGAUUCCUCCGGAAUUCGGACAUUUUCUGGCCGAAUCUACUGAGCCUGGUAGCUAUUAGGUGAGAAAAUAAAAAGGCUUCUGGACUGUCCUGGGCGCUCAAUGCAUCGACAUUGGGCAACUGAUCCGUUGCGAAAAAUCUGACAGUUAGACAAUAGAUUUAGCUGUCACUUAACCGUCGCUGAAGAGCCAAGAGUGAUGAACGGCUAAAACUGAACUGCGUUGUCGGAUUUCCACUGAUCUCAACAGGUGAGUAUUUAUAAGAA